UCCUUGGUUCCCUGGUCAACUUUUCAAGUCUCAACCACUCUGAUCUCUUGCUAUAUAAAAUCUUGCAAUAACGAAAAAGAUAAAGAGAGUUGUUUGAGUUUUCUUGGUGUUUUUCUUAAUUUGCGAGCAUGACUGUCUCCACAGCUAACGGCCGUGUCCUCAUCGUCGGAGCAACCGGCUUUAUUGGCCAGUUUUUGGUUGAAGCCAGCUUAGAUGCUGGUCGGCCCACCUAUGUUUUGGUCAGGCCAAGUUGCGUAAACCAUUCCAAGAACAAAGUAGCCAAAGCCCUCCAGGACAGAGGCGCCAUAUUGUUGCACGGAUUGGCAAAUGACAAGGAGUUGAUGGAGAAACUGCUGAAAGAGCACCAGAUUGAGAUAGUAAUAUCAGCUGUAGGUGGUGAUAAAAUACUAGACCAGCUAAGUCUAGUUGAGGCAAUUAAAGCUGCCGGCACAGUUAAGAGGUUCUUGCCGUCGGAGUUUGGACAUGAUGUGGACAGGGCUGAUCCAGUAGAGCCAGGGCUCACCAUGUACAAAGAAAAACGCCAGGUCAGGCAACUGACUGAAACGUUGGCCAUACCUUACACCUACAUUUGUUGUAAUUCCAUUGCUUCUUGGCCCUACUACGACAACAGGCAUCCUUCAGAGGUCAUUCCGCCGCUGGAUCAGUUUCAAAUCUACGGAGAUGGCAGCGUCAAAGCUUACUUUGUUGCCGGCACUGAUAUAGGAAAAUUCACCAUGAAAACUGUUGAUGACAUUAGGACCGUGAACAAGUCGGUUCAUUUUAGGCCAGCCUGCAAUUUAUAUAACAUUAACGAGCUCGCAACUUUGUGGGAAAAGAAAAUCGGACGAACCCUACCGAGAGUGACCGUCACUGAAAAUGACCUUCUCUCGGCUGCCGCAGAGAAUCGUAUCCCACAAAGUAUUGUUGCAUCAUUCACCCAUGACAUCUUCAUAAAGGGUUGUCAAGUUAACUUUUCUAUCGAUGGCCGGAAUGAAAUUGAAGUGAGCAGUCUGUAUCCGAAUGAGCCAUUCCGGACAUUGGAUGACUGCUUCAACGACUUCCUUGUAAAGAUGAAGGAUGAAAACAUGAAGCAAAGUAAUGGAAUCCCAGCCCCAAAGCCGGUGGUUGAAACAUUGGCCAUCACAGCAACAUGUGCUUGACAGGCACCAAUUUGAGCACAAGCUAUCCUAUCCCAUCCUUCCUUGACAAAGGGCUGUCGAGUCAAUUUCGUGUUUGUUGUGAUUUAUUCUUGAUUCCCGGUGAUUUAUUAUGUGAUAGGGAAAUUAUAAUUGAAUAAGGGGAUUGGACGUUUAGUCCAAGGCUCUAUUUAGUAACACAAAAUCUAUUCAAGCUGGAAGGGAAGGUGAAGAAGAAGGAAUCAAAAACCACCAACUUGCUUGUUAUAUUAUACCCUAAGAAUUUGCGUAGUGAUUCCGAUUGUUAUACUCCUGCAUUUGGUAAUA